GCAGCUUUAUCGGGGGGCGAGGGAUCACGGCAGCGGCGGCGGCGACGACCGACCGACCGACCCAACCCGCCACCAGUGCCCCGCGGCCCGCGCCGAGGAAGAAGGAAGGGAUAAGGAGACGGAGCCGGUGGUCGCAGUCGCAGGGAUGGCCGGGAGCAUGCAGGCGGCGGACGCGGCGGGCCGGCUGAGCGCGCUGCUCUCGCUGCUCGCGCUGCGCCGGCUCCUCGCCGUGCUGCAGCCGCUGGCCCUGCUCCUGCUCCUGCCCUUCCGGUGGCGCUCGCGCCCGGGGGCCGGGGCCGCGGCCUCCGCGCCGGGGGCUAGCGGGAAGAAGGGGAAGUCGGCGUCGUCGUCGUCGUCGUCGUCGUCGGUGGUUCUGCGGGUGCCGGCCGGGUCGCCCAUGGUCGCCGCGCGGAGGCAGGCUUCCGCGCGGAGGGAGGUAGCCAUGCGCCGGGCGCGGGAGGCCGGGCGGGAGUACGAGCUCAUCCCCACCGCUCGCGGCGAGACGCUCUUCACGCAGUGCUGGUGGCCGCGCCCGUCCUCCACCGUUAAACCAAGGGCGCUAGUUGUUGUCAUGCACGGGCUAAACGAGCACAGUGGGAGGUACGAUCAUUUAGCGAGGCGAUUGAAUGAUAUCGGCAUCAAGGUGUACGGGAUGGACUGGACUGGUCAUGGUGGAAGUGAUGGUCUACAUGGAUAUGUGCAAUCUCUUGACCACGCUGUCAAUGACUUGAAAAUGUACCUCAAGAAAGUGUCAGCCGAGAACCCUGGUCUUCCAUGCUUCUGCUUCGGCCAUUCGACGGGUGGGGGUAUCAUUCUGAAGGCUGCACUUGAUCCAGACGUAGAAACGCUCAUCAGCGGUGUUGUCCUGACAUCACCAGCUGUCCGUGUUCAGCCUGCCCACCCAAUCAUAGCGGCCAUGGCACCGAUUUUUGCCCUGAUCGCGCCAAGGUACCAGUUGACGGCGUCGCACAGGAACGGCCCGCCGGUGUCGCGCGACCCGGAAGCCCUGCGGGCCAAAUACGCGGACCAGCUGGUGUUCACGGGCGCCAUCCGCGUGAGGACGGGCUACGAGAUCCUCCGCCUGACGUCGUACCUGCAGCCGCACCUGCAGCGGGUCGCGGUGCCGCUGCUGGUGAUGCACGGCGCCGACGACCUGGUGACGGACCCCGAGGGCUCGAGGGCGCUGUACGAGCGGGCCUCGUCCGCGGACAAGUCCCUCAGGCUCUACCACGGGCUGCUGCACGACCUCCUGAUCGAGCCCGAGAAGGACAGGGUGAUGGACGACAUCGUGGCGUGGCUGAGCCGCAGGGUGUGAUGCGUUGCGGUGCUGGCCGUAGGUUUCGCGCGGCUUCGAUCGUCUGCUGAGCGCGGAGGACCUGCAGGCGGAAGACGAAGACGCCUCGCCUCUGGACGGUGAUGACGCGGUCUGGUCGGCUGCGGAGGUAGGGAGGGAGAGCCGGUGUGCGUCCUUGCUGCCUUAGCGCGGUGAUGAUCCGAGAGCGGCACAGGAGUAUGGAGUACUAGUACUACCUACGGUGAUGGCUUCACUCGCGCCUCCCGGGUGUAUCCUGAGAUUUUUGUCGGGGAUACGUACGAAUUUUGUAAAAAUCCGACGACUGAACGAAGAUGAGAGCAUCUCCAAC